AUCCGGCGGAGAGCAGCAGACUGGGAUAAGUGUGUGACAAAGAGAGCGGCGGGCAGACACAUCCUCUAUCUAAUACAUUGUAUCAGCCACACAGCAACAUGUCUAUAGGUAGCAAUUUCACCAGACUACUGAAGAAGCAAGUGAGUAAUAUUAACUCCCAGAAGAAAUGGACCCACUCUGUGGCUGUGAUAGGAGCUCCAUUUUCAAAAGGCCAGAAAAAGAGAGGCGUGGAACACGGACCCACGGCGAUAAGAAAUGCUGGACUCUUGGAAAGGCUUUCCAAAAUAGGAUGCAGCGUAUACGAUGUUGGAGAUCUGAAAUUUGCCCAUGUUCCUAAUGACGAACUCUACAAUAACGUUGUUAAACAUCCUCGCACAGUUGGGCUUGCCUGUCAAGUAUUGGCUGAUGCAGUAAGCAGGGCAGUUGGAGCAGGACAUACCUGUAUAACCCUGGGAGGAGAUCACAGCUUGGCACUGGGGUCAAUCACAGGUCAUGCCCAACAUUGCCCAGACUUGUGCGUAAUUUGGGUGGAUGCUCAUGCCGAUAUCAACACCCCUCUGACGAGCAAAUCAGGGAGUCUUCAUGGUCAGCCAGUGUCAUUUCUACUGAGGGAGCUGCAGGAUAAGAUGCCAAUAAUCCCUGGAUUCGCUUGGGCUAAACCAUGUCUUUCUAGGUCUGACAUUAUAUACAUCGGUUUGCGUGAUCUUGACCCAGCUGAGCAGUUUAUUCUGAAGAAAUACAAUAUCAGCUAUUAUUCAAUGAGACACAUUGAUUGCAUGGGAAUCCAUAAAGUUAUGGAGAGAACAUUUGAUCAACUACUGGGCAGGAGACAGAGGCCGAUUCAUCUAAGCUUUGACAUUGAUGCUUUUGACCCAACGUUGGCUCCAUCUACAGGAACCCCAGUCCUAGGAGGACUAACCUACAGAGAAGGUGUCUACAUCACCGAGGAAAUACACAACACAGGUAUGCUGUCAGGUAUGGAUCUUGUAGAAGUCAAUCCAUUACUUGGUGCCACCUCUGAUGAAGUCAAAGCAACUUCAAAUCUUGCUGUAGAUGUAAUCGCUUCAUGUCUUGGGGAUACAAGAGACGGUGCUCACAUGAUUAUAGAUGAUCUGCCUACACCUAGUACAACGUACGAAUCUGACAAUGAAGAACAAGUGAGAAUUUAGCCUCAGUCAACGUGACACUCCUUGUUCAUUCCAGGACUCUGAUUCAGCACUGAAGGGUGGACCUAAUUUGACAGAGAAUGCUCUGUUUUGCAAUUUGUUUUUUGACCAAUGACUGUCUUUAAUGCGAACUCGAACUGCAAGUAGCAGAUUAACUUUGGACUAUCUUGUAAACUGUGGGACAUUAGAAUGGCUGACCCUAUAACAUUUAAACUGUAUGCAUUUUACUGUUUGGGAUUAUUUUAACCAAUGGUUGGCAUUGAUAGUUCUGUGUGCUGUGGUGUCUGAUGGCAUCUUAAAUGGAGGUAGCCACACUGUGUAAUGUUUUACCAAGUCGUGGAAGACCUCUUGUUUGCAUGACUUGAGUUGUCAUGGACUACAGAAGUGGAGGCUAAAUUGUCCUACAGACAUUUACUAUUUUUGUAACUGGAUCCUACUAAAGUCUAUCAGGUAACUCUAUAUGUAGAGCCUGCUUAGACAUAUUGUAUAUUGGUUUAAGCGCUGAAUUUCUUAUUUGAGGGCAUAAUCUAGCUAUCAUUGUCAAGUCUGCAGACUUGCUGCCAACUUUACGGAGGUUUACGGUUUACGUAUGGCUCCCAUGCUAUCUGAACAUUUCGCAAUUUGAUACAUUUAUAUACAUAUUUGCAUAAUUAAUUUAAUAGCUAAUCAUUGCCCAACAUAAACAUGGUAUAUGCCCAUCUCAUCAAUGAAACACUGGCUCUACAGCUGGCAAAAGAAAUAUAUAUGAAAUCUUAAACAUUGUGUGUAGGGUUGUGGAAAUCUUCAAACUUUAUGCUAGGUUAUAUUUAUGCAGUGUUUUUGAUUCUUUUAUUUUAUUUAUUUUAAAUUCCUAUCUUAUAUUGGGGAAGAUUUAUUUAUCAAGACAAAAACAGGUUCUAUUAUGGGGCCAAAUAAAGAGCUCACUAAGGGGCAAUACAAUGUACAAUUUAGCACUUUGCAUCCAGAAUAGCACCUGUUUUUCCUUGAUAUAGCGCCAACAUUGUCUCUUCCAAUAGGUCACAACUAACUCACUGAAUAGAUGUCAAACUUUAAGUGUUUGUUUUGUGUUUUUUUUUUUAUUCCGCAUAUUGUUACAUUAGAUAAUAUUGUGCAGACAAUUUCUAUUUUUUAUAAUUUAAAACUGGAUCCUAAUUUGAUUACAUUAUUUUAGCAGGCCUCUUGUAAGAUGUUAUUUCUAGCAUUAAUAACUUCUUACAAUAAUAUCUUUUUUUAACAGCAUGUAAAGAAAAUAGAUGAUAGAUUACCAUUUUAAUUGACAAUUUAACAAAAAAAGAUUUAAACAUCUGUUUAAAUAUGCAUAAACGCCAAUAAAAUUGGAUUAUUUUU